AUGUGGAAGCCUCGGGGGGUUACAUACACUGCCGCCUCCCUCGACACCAGCGGCGUCGACGCCGUCCAGGUUCGCGGCUUCGUGAAGCACCCCUUGGCCUGA